GUGGGGUGGUGAGCGAGCCAAUCACUUUUCAGUUCGAAAACACCACAGUACGUUGCACUGUAGCGCUGUACCGGUACGCAUAGCUAUGCGAGCUAGAAGGGCACCUCUGGCCGGUGACAUGAAGCAAGAAGAAAGGAGGGGGAAUCUGCCCCAGUACAGUAACCAAGAUGGCACAAGCCCAAGCUUCCACAUGAUUGCUACGAUGUAGUUCAGUUUGGCUCACCCGAUUCCUCUGGCAUACCGACGCUGUCCACAGGCCUUCUGGUGUGCUGUCAUGCAGUGCCUUACCGGUGGCGUGCUAGAUCGUGAUCACACCGUCUCUUCGUUUCCGGGGAUGAAUCCGGUACGAACAGUAACGGUACGGUACGGAGUUCCAAGAGGACACUGCACUCCGUACAGGUAUUCAGCAUUGUAGUUGACCUCGAUGGUAUUAUAGUGGCAAAGGGAGGAGCUUUUCAAGUCUUGUUGUGUCUGCUGGCUGUGUGCUACGGUCUUGUCCCGUACCGUACAGCGGUAUACUCGUACUCGUGAGCAAUGCUGAGGUGACAAAACAGGUGCACUUCCGCGGUCCGCCUUGGGUCCGUUGAACAAACAUCGCUCACCGGUUUACGUGCACCGAUUGUGACCAAUGAUCUUUUGUUCUCAGAAUUUUGGUGUGAGACAACAAACAAUGGCAACAUGAUGGUUUUAGGCGCUUCUGUGCGGCUGGGAAUACUGAUUCUGUUGGCGUCGGUAUGGACGUCUAGGGCCAAUCUUCGCUGGGCUUCCUCCGGUGGAGGACAGAGGGCAAUGACUGCGAACGUGGGAUGGGCCCACGCAUUCAGCCGUGCUGGAUUGAUCGAUGCUUCGACGUCCUCUUCUCUGUUUUCAGCUGUGUCCACUAAUUCUGGUGGCUCCUGGUUUAGCAUCCAGUUCUUUUAUUCGGAGCAAUACUUUCAGAAAGUCGUCGAGAGUCCCGACUCGGUGUACGAGUUGACCAAGACAUGGAUGGAUUCGUACCUGAGCUACUCGCAGGGAGCCCCCACCUCGAUUAUCUGUGGUACGCUGACAUUCUAUGGGUUGAUCCCGGGCUUGAAAGACUUAUUUUCGGCAUGCAACCUCUUUUGUUCCGUAAACUUUGACUACGCCGCGUAUGUGGAGGGAAUGGUCAAGACAGCAGCCAUGGACUACUUGGAUGUCACACUCGUGGAUCGUAUAUUGAACGGGGAGAAUCGAGUGCCAACCAUGUCGAAUACGGAUCUAUACAUCCAAACUUCUUUGUCGCCCACUGCCGUUUCGGAAAAGAACAAAAAUCAGCUCGUUCUGAUUGGGCCCAAUGAUGACCCGUCCAGGGCAUAUGCCUUGUUUAUUCCUGUUCAGUAUUCGGUCAAGAGCAGCUCGACAUUCUACAAUUAUGCGGUCUACGAUGACGAGCUCCCGUUUCAGGUAACGAGAGUAAAGGCUCCAGAGAAGGCCAAGUUUAAACAAUGGACGCCAUAUCAUCUCUAUCCAGGCGACGGGGGCAUGUUGUUUGCCGACUUUGAUUCUCAUCUCCACGACGAGGAGAUGCACUUUGGAGAAUUGGAAGCCGAAGACCUGGAAGACGGAGGCGAUGUCACGGGGGAAGGUUCGUACAGCAAAACUGGACCCAUGGCGGACUUUUUUGGAGGCGCCACUCCCAAGGCAUCCCAAAUCAUGGGUGCCACAUCAGCUACAUUUGCGCGUUUCUCCGGAACGAUCCCCUCGUUUCUGAUGCAAUGGUUGUCGGUCCAACGGAACACAUAUAUCACGGGCUCGAUUUGGGAACAAAUAGCUUGUCUGCCCGUCUUGAAUGCACUCGCCAACCUUCUCUAUUCAAAUUCGUUUACCACAAACUUUUCCAUUUGUUCGCAAUGGCCCGAACCAUGCGGCAAAUCCGAUGGCCGCUUCGCCGACGGCGGCAAUACCGAUGGACCCAGUCUGGCGCAGAAUAUCGGUCACUACCACACUUAUGACGAAGCCGACUUGAGUGAAACGUUGAAAGUGAUUGUCACCAACAACAAUUUCUUUGAAGAUACCAAUGCCAAGUUCUUGUCGUACUUUAGCACGACCUUCAACCAAGGAGUGACGCCAGGAGCCUAUGUGUGGCCUCCUGGCACGGUCCCGGGAGAUGCCGCCCAGGAAAAUCCGUGGCGUUCCAUGCAGAUUUUCUCGGACUAUUUGGACGACGAAUCCUUGCUGGCGGCCUUUAAUACCAUUCCUGGAACGACCUUGACGACGGCGGUGUACGAAGUGACGACAUUGGACAAUCCGGUCUUUGGGGUCAAGGCUGGUCAGAGAGUGCAACUCUUGUUGCUUCAAAUCAACAGUGAUAUUCCCACCGCCAUCUUUACCGCAAGUCAGAUUACACAGAACACGGUGCCACUGGCCGAGUUGGCGAAGACGAUUGCUUCCAGUGAUGAGUUGGUGUCCAGAAUACAAGCCUUCAUGGCUCUGUAACAUGAAACGAGAAGCUACUAGUAUGGAAGAGAGGGGACAACGGUGAGGAUGGGUUUCAGAGGAGGAGGGCAGGAUGCAAGAGUGCGAGCCGAACAACCCAGUGAGCAGAUCAGCCGCACAUCCAGGAAAGGGUAGCAAGGGAGGAGGAGGGCAGAGAGGAUCAAAGGACAAAGACUAGGGGAAGAGGUCAAGAGUGCCUCGAUCGUCCCAACACCGAGAGCUCAUUUGGAUAGCAGGAACGUGUGAACCACACGCACAGGCACAUUGUAGCCGCUUGAGCCAGGGCAAUGCUCAACCGAGCAGGAGCAACCACAGAGUACUGUACCUGCUGCAUGUAUUAGUUAACUUACUUGUAAAACUAUAGCCAUUCUGGAACAUGCCAGUGCGCUGAACUAGAUCCGGUGUAGUUACCGGUACGCUUGGCA